UAGCACGGUCAAGAUAAUUUAAAUUUAUCUCACCAACGCACUGAGUCUUUAAUAAGUUAUAGUCUUUCAACCUUGACGUUGCUGAAAUCGUCGCGCAAAACAACGGAGCCAUAGAUACAAAAGUUGAAGUUAAAUUCGUACUUUUAAAAAUGGCCAAUUUUACUACGAACGGGAAAAUUUGUAUAGAACGCGAACUCGAUUUCAUCCAAAUUGACCACCACUUUGAUGAUAUCGUGUCUCGUUUCGACAUAUAUGAAACUUGUAAGUGGAUACGUGACAACAACUAUCAAAAGGUCUGUCUUCAAUUUCCCGACGAAUUACUAAGUGUAAGUGCGAAAAUAUACGAAGAGUUAAAGAAGCAAGUUGAUGUCGAUCUUUACAUACUUGGAGACACCUCGUAUGCAAGUUGCUGUGUGGACACCGUGGCAGCAAUGCAUGUGCAAGCCGAUGCAAUAGCCCACUAUGGUCACUCGUGCUUCUCUAAAACUACUUUGCCAGUCUUCACUGUUUUGCCUAAACAAGACCUUGAUAUUGACACCACAAUGGAGCUAUUGAAAACAAAUUUUAACUCAAAUGAUAACAUGAAGAUGUGUCUGUUUUAUGACCCUGAUUUUGAACAUUUAAAAGAUGAUAUGUCAAAAAUGUGGUUCAAGGCUUACCCAAACAGCUACAUAGCUUUUGUGGAAAUGAAUGAGACAACCAACAGAUUCCUGGGCAGGUUAAUAAAAGACAGUAAGGGAGAAGAAUACCCAGUGGAAAUUUUGAAACAAUGCAAAUGUAUCCAUAUUGGGACUAGAGGACAAACUGUAUUCAAUUACACAAUUUCUUUACCAGCACAAGAAUGGUACCUCCUAAACCCUGACACAGGCAAAGUCGAAUUUAUGAAAGAAACGACCUGGUUUAAACGGCGCCAAUACUUAGUAGAAAAAUGCAAAGAUGCAAAUGCUAUAGGAAUUCUGGUAUGCAAGUUGGCGGGAGACCAGACCAAGGACAUCAUCAAGAGAAUGAAACAACUUUGCAGAGUUAAUGGCAAAAAGAGCUACAUUGUAUCUGUUGGAAAACCCAAUAUUGCUAAAUUGGCAAAUUUCCCAGAGAUUGACAUUUAUGUGAUGGUCGCAUGCCCGGAAAAUGAUUUUUAUAAUUGUAGAGACUUCUACAAGCCUUUAGUUUACCCUUUUGAGCUGGAAGUUGCCUUGAACUCCAAAAGAGAGCCUUAUUUCACUCACCACAUCACUGAUUAUGACGAACUUCUCCCAGGAAAAAGAUAUUACUGUGAUAUAGACCACGUGAAAGAAGCAACAGACGUCAGUCUCAUUACUGGUAAAAUCAGAGAAACUAAAUUUGAUCCUACAGAAGGCCAUAGUAUGGAGGUAGCAGAAAAACAGAACUGGGCUUUAGAAAAUAUUGGGCAUAGUUUACAAGACAGAACGUGGAGAGGCCUAGAACAGAAACUGGGUGACACAGAAGUUAGAAAGGCAGAAGAAGGCCGCAAAGGCAUACCCUUACAAUACACUAACGAGCCAGAGUAAAAUUAAGAAUACUUAUGUUUAAAUACAUCACUUUAUUUACAUUUUUCUUUGUAUUUGUUUCUAGUACAAAUUUUAGUGGCCUACUGGGUAUAAAUUACUAGUCAAUGGUAGUAUUGUUUUUUUAAAUUGCACUAAAAAGAUUUAAAAUAAAACUAUAAUACGUUGUAUUCUAUGGCCUG